CGUGGCUGUCUCUUUUGCUAUUGGCUAUGAUGAUGGCUGUGGUCUGGGCUUGCUGAAUGACCCGGACUCAUAACGGUACUUUCCUCACGGUCAAAUCGCCCAGUUGCAUCAUCAUCUCCUCCGCGCCCAAGCCUCGAGUCCGCCCGUCUCUCACAUGUGUCGAUUCGAGCUUCUAGGACGUGGCUUACUAUACUGGCACAAGCAAAACUCCGAAGAGGACAGCAUCCAAUCUGCUAGAGCGCCUAGGCCAAGAUGCUCCACGAGAUCCUCCUCUCGCUCUCCGGCCAGCCAUCCCCCCUCUUCAGCCCGUCGCAAGGGAAAGAUGCGCUCGCUCAAGAUGAUCUAUUCCUUCUCGCACCUCCGGAAAAAGCACUCCUCCGAUCUAUUGCCCAUCUAAGCCAACUGCACGCGCAGCUCCGAGCCCAUACCUCUCAGAUAUCGUCCGCGCAUCGGUCCGUGAUCUGUCGCUCAGUGUCCACCGCUAUAGUUACAAAUCAUUUGGGCAAUUUUCAGAAGAAAGUCCUCGAGGUGGAGAAAGCAAUUCUGGCGGAAGACAGCGGGUAUGUUGGCGGGUAUGGUAUCGUCCCGCUAUCCACCAUCGUGGGCGAAUUCACGCCGUGGACGCGGCGCAUGGAGUGGCUGUGGGAGGUUGUCAAGUUCAUAAAGCCCGGAAACAAAGUUCAAGAUUCACGCCAUGGCUGUACCGGGGCGGCACUUAUAAAUCACUUGCGCACCGAGUCCCAAACCGGAUAUCUGGACGUCAAAGAAAUGGCCGUACAGCUAGCGACUGCAGCGGAGACAGCAUGGAUGAAGCAGUUAUCCAUGUGGAUAUUAUAUGGGAAUUUGCCCAUAUACGGCAAAGACGACUUUUUCAUCCAAGAAGAUUCCGAUCCUGAAGAAGACGAUGCUCAAUUCAGCAUGCACAUGGAAUUGCUCCCAAGCUUCGUGUCAGCACAAACAGCAGGAUCGAUUCUUUUCAUUGGAAAAUCACUCAAUCAUGUCCGUGCAAAGAAGAAGAUUCCGGGAGGGAUUUCCACUGCCCCAGUGACUCUUUAUCGAGAACAUAUACAACAUCUUGCCGGGCUCAAGUCGCCACUCUCAUCCACUCAGCUUUCCACGGCCGUGGACUGGAUACGCCUGUCCCUAUCGCAGUCAACGCUAUCUAAACUGCUGCCUCUUCCAAGAAUUCUAGAAAUGCUGACACUACUCCACGAUUUCCUUCUUUUGGGACGAGGCGAAUUUGCCGUGGCGUUAGUUUCCCAUGCGGACUCCCGCAUUGGGGAGAGCCGAAGAAGAGGUGCCCUCGCUCGGGCUCACUCUGGAGGUCUAGCGGGUCUCCUCAUCAAGGAAGGCGAUGUGAUGACGGCCCUGGCCCAGGCAUGGGCUGAGCUGUUCUCUCUCCAAAAAGAAGAAGAUCCAGCGGAUGAGGAGCUAGAGCUUGCGCGAGAGCUUCUUCGCUUGUCAAUCAGCGACAACAAAUCUGGCCGUCCCAUGACCCCAUCGCAACGCUCGACUACGAUCCCGGAGAUCUCGAGAGUCUCGUUUGAUGAUAUUCUCUUCCCUACAACCACAUGCCUCACAGCCCAGGUCCGCGCGCCCCUGGAUCUCUUCCUGUCAAGUUCCGAUAUUGCCGUUUACUCCAAAAUACACUCUUAUCUGUUGGGCAUCCGACGUGCUCAGAUCCGUCUUGGCGAUCUAUGGAAAAGAACGUCCCUCCGGAGGAAUCAUCCUUCGCCUUGGGGGCCACCGCGCAGUAACAGUGCUUUUGGCCAGAACAAGUUGAAAGAGGGUCGCGAGAGGGACAAUGCCCGCAUUCGACAAAUGCGUCCAAUCUGGGCCACUGCAAGUGCGUGCCUGUUUGUACUUUCGGAGAUUGGCAGCUUCUUUCAGGGAGAAGUUGUUCACGAGUCCUGGCAGCAUCUGCGAGAGUGGAUUGAAGGGCCGUCUCUUUCAACGGGUUCAGCGCCUGGCUCUCGACCAGGGACGGCAUCAUCCUCAAAACAGCAGCGUCAAUCCCGUGCAGCGUCUCCAGACCGCGGUUCUAGUCAACCCACCUCUAACACCGGUCCUCCAUCUAUGGGACGGCACGAUCCUGAAGCAUUGACCGUUGCCCACCGCCGCCAUCUUUCCACUCUGGUUCAAUCGCUGUUCCUCACAGAGACAGAAUUUACCAGCGUCCUCCGUAUCCUUCUCACAAGCGUCGACCGCUUCGUGGCUCUUGUGAUCCGCCUCGAAACUAUUCAACGCAACAUGGACCUAGAGACGGACGAAGGCGUCGUCGAUGCCUUGGUGGACUACGCGCAAGAAGAGCGCGAAGUCUGGCAAGACUUGCGCAGCACGUGCGACGACGUGAAUGCUGGCAUGACAGACCUCGUUUCGAGUCUCCGCGAUAUCGACGACCACCGAUCGGGCGAGGGCCUAGGCCCUGCCACGCAGUUCGGCAUGGGCCAGGCCUGGCCGGGAACCCGUGCAGAGGGGAGCACAGGCCCCGGGUUCCACCACUACGUGCCGCGCCAACCGGCGGGUGUGGACCGACUGUUGAUGAAGCUCGACUUUGGGAGCCUCCGUGGAGCUACGUUGUCACCUGGUCUGGCGGACCUGGAAUUUGGACGUAGGUGAUCAGAGUGAGGACUUCGCUUCUGGAUUCAUAAUUUUGCCAUUCUUACGAUUCUUAUGACUAUUGAGCAUGGGAAAUACCAUUUGCUAUUCUGGGGGGGAUCUGGCGGAUUAGGCGUUACAACAGAGAGAAAAAAGGACAUCAGCGGGAAGUCUUGCGGGGCAAUUGACUUCGAUGCAUCCGCGGAUGCAAGAUAGAAGACAGGAUCAUGCGUACCUUUGAGAACCAUUCAUCCGUUCUUCCAGACAUCCUCGUAACCUUCGGCCGAGGGUCGCCUCUGUCGCUGGUUCUACAAUAGUACUACAGAGCGGCUCACGAUAAACACAUUUAGAAUUACACCGUGUCACUGCCUUUCGCAAUAAUAACG